GGCAUUUUAUGUCCAUCUUGAAAACUGGGGGGGGGAACCCUUUAUUUAUAUUUUUAUCUUGGUGAAUUUUUACAAUGAAUGGGCACAGUGAUGAAGAAAGUGCACGGAACAGCAGUGGAGAAUCAAGCCAGUCAGAUGAUGAUUCUGGUUCAGCAUCAGGUUCUGGAUCGGGUUCCAGCUCUGGAAGCAGCAGCGAUGGAAGUAGUAGCCAGUCAGGAAGCAGUGAUUCGGAUUCUGGUUCAGAGUCCGGCAGUCAGUCAGAAUCUGAGUCUGACACCUCUAAGGAAAAGAAGGUCCAAGCUAAACCGCCGAAGGUUGAUGGGGCUGAGUUCUGGAAAUCAAACCCAAGUAUUCUGGCUGUUCAAAGAUCUGCAAUGCUCAGGAAACAGCAGCAGUCAAAAGCAGCAUCCUCAAACAGUGGCUCUGAAGAGGACUCAUCAAGUAGUGAAGAUUCUGUAGGUGACUCAUCCAAUGAUGUCAAGAGGAAGAAACAUAAAGAUGAAGACUGGCAAAUGUCUGGGUCAGGAUCUGUCUCUGGAACUGCUUCAGAUUCUGAUUUGGAGGAAAGCAGAAAUAAAAGUACAUGCGACGAGAGUGAAUCUGACUAUGAGCCAAAAAACAAAGUAAAGAGCAGGAAGCCUCCAAGCAGAAUAAAACAAAAAAGUGGCAAAAAAAGCACUGGGCAGAAGAAAAGGCAACUUGAAUCAUCAGAUGAUGACGACGACGAUUAUGAUAAAAGAGGAUCUCGCCGCCAGGCAACAGUAAAUGUUAGUUACAAGGAAGCUGAAGAAGCAAAGACAGAUUCAGAUGAUUUGCUGGAAGUCUGUGGAGAGGAUGUCCCCCAACCUGAAGAAGAUGAGUUUGAAACAAUAGAAAAAUUUAUGGAUAGCCGUAUUGGACGAAAAGGAGCUACAGGUGCUACAACCACCAUCUAUGCAGUUGAAGCUGAUGGAGAUCCAAAUGGAGGGUUUGAUAAAUCAAAAGAACCUGGUGAGGUGCAGUACUUGAUUAAAUGGAAAGGUUGGUCCCACAUCCAUAAUACUUGGGAAACUGAAGAAACCCUGAAGCAACAGAAUGUUAGAGGAAUGAAAAAGUUGGACAAUUAUAAGAAAAAGGACCAGGAAACAAAACGAUGGUUAAAAAAUGCUUCUCCAGAAGAUGUGGAAUAUUACAACUGUCAGCAAGAACUCACAGAUGAUUUACACAAGCAGUAUCAAAUAGUAGAGAGAAUAAUUGCCCAUUCAAAUCAGAAGUCAGCAGCAGGCUAUCCAGAUUAUUAUUGCAAGUGGCAGGGUCUCCCUUACUCAGAGUGCAGCUGGGAAGAUGGUGCUCUUAUUGCAAAAAAAUUCCAAUCAUGCAUUGAUGAGUAUUUUAGCAGAAAUCAAUCAAAGACUACACCUUUUAAAGACUGUAAGGUUUUAAAGCAGAGGCCAAGAUUUGUUGCUCUAAAGAAGCAACCCUCUUAUAUUGGAGGAAAUGAGGGUUUAGAGCUAAGAGAUUAUCAGCUAAAUGGGCUGAACUGGUUGGCUCACUCCUGGUGCAAAGGGAACAGUUGUAUUCUUGCAGAUGAAAUGGGCCUGGGCAAAACAAUACAGACUAUCUCUUUUCUGAAUUACUUGUUUCACGAGCAUCAGUUGUAUGGCCCUUUCUUGCUGGUAGUACCACUUUCCACUUUGACAUCUUGGCAAAGAGAAAUCCAGACGUGGGCUCCUCAAAUGAAUGCGGUAGUUUAUUUAGGAGAUAUUACUAGCAGAAAUGUGAUCAGAACACAUGAAUGGAUGCAUCUACAAACAAAACGAUUGAAAUUUAAUAUCCUUCUGACAACCUAUGAAAUACUGCUGAAGGAUAAAUCAUUCCUUGGUGGUCUGAAUUGGGCAUUUAUAGGAGUGGAUGAAGCCCAUCGAUUAAAAAAUGAUGAUUCCCUCCUGUACAAGACAUUGAUAGACUUCAAAUCGAAUCAUCGACUCCUUAUUACUGGUACUCCUCUGCAAAACUCCCUGAAAGAGCUUUGGUCCUUACUGCACUUCAUCAUGCCAGAAAAGUUUUCUUCUUGGGAAGAUUUUGAAGAGGAACAUGGCAAAGGGAGGGAAUUUGGCUAUGCAAGUCUUCACAAAGAACUUGAACCUUUUCUGUUGAGGAGAGUUAAGAAAGACGUAGAAAAAUCUCUGCCUGCCAAAGUUGAACAGAUUUUAAGAAUGGAGAUGAGUGCAUUGCAAAAGCAAUAUUACAAGUGGAUUUUAACAAGGAAUUACAAAGCCCUAAGUAAAGGUUCAAAGGGCAGCACCUCAGGCUUUCUGAAUAUCAUGAUGGAACUUAAAAAGUGUUGUAAUCAUUGCUACCUCAUUAAACCACCAGAUGAUAAUGAAUUCUAUAAUAAACAGGAGGCCUUACAGAAUUUAAUCCGUAGCAGUGGAAAGCUAAUUCUUCUAGACAAGCUACUGAUUCGCUUAAGGGAACGUGGCAACAGAGUGCUUAUAUUCUCUCAGAUGGUGCGGAUGCUGGACAUCCUAGCUGAAUAUUUGAAAUACCGUCAGUUUCCUUUUCAAAGACUAGAUGGAUCAAUAAAGGGGGAACUGAGGAAGCAAGCACUGGAUCAUUUUAAUGCAGAAGGUUCUGAGGAUUUCUGCUUUUUACUUUCAACUAGAGCUGGAGGUCUAGGUAUAAAUUUGGCAUCUGCUGAUACUGUAGUUAUAUUUGAUUCUGACUGGAACCCUCAGAAUGAUCUGCAAGCACAGGCUAGAGCUCAUAGGAUUGGACAAAAGAAACAGGUUAACAUUUAUCGGCUAGUCGCUAAGGGAUCAGUUGAGGAAGACAUCCUGGAAAGAGCCAAGAAGAAGAUGGUUUUAGAUCACCUAGUGAUACAGAGAAUGGACACUACAGGGAAGACUGUGCUGCACACAGGUUCUGCUCCUUCUAGUUCUGCUCCUUUUAACAAAGAGGAACUAUCAGCUAUCUUAAAGUUUGGUGCUGAGGAACUUUUUAAGGAACCUGAAGGUGAAGAACAGGAGCCACAGGAAAUGGACAUAGAUGAAAUUUUGAAGAGGGCUGAAACCCGAGAAAAUGAAUCUGGCCCAUUAAGUGUGGGAGAUGAGUUGCUUUCCCAGUUUAAGGUGGCUAAUUUCUCCAAUAUGGAUGAAGAUGACAUUGAACUGGAUCCUGAACAAAACUCAAGGAACUGGGAAGAAAUAAUUCCAGAGGUCCACCGACGAAGAUUAGAAGAAGAAGAAAGACAAAAGGAACUGGAAGAAAUUUAUAUGCUUCCAAGAAUGAGAAACUGUGCAAAACAAAUCAGCUUUAAUGGAAGUGAAGGGAGGCGUAGGAGCAGAAGAUAUUCGGGAUCAGAUAGUGAUUCUAUCUCAGAAAGAAAACAUCCCAAAAAACGUGGAAGACCACGAACUAUUCCACGGGAAAAUAUCAAGGGAUUUAGUGAUGCUGAAAUUAGGAGGUUUAUCAAGAGUUACAAGAAAUUUGGGGGACCUCUUGAAAGAUUGGAUGCAAUAGCUAGAGAUGCUGAACUAGUGGAUAAAUCUGAAACAGACCUCAGACGGCUUGGAGAGCUAGUACAUAAUGGAUGCAUCAAGGCUUUAAAGGAUAGCUCAUCUGGACAAGAAAGAGCAGGGGGCAGACUUGGCAAAGUUAAAGGCCCAACUUUCCGAAUAUCAGGAGUUCAGGUAAAUGCAAAACUAGUCAUCUCACAUGAAGAAGAACUAGCACCAUUGCAUAAAUCCAUUCCUUCAGAUCCAGAGGAAAGGAAGAGAUACGCCAUACCUUGUCAUACUAAGGCAGCUCAUUUUGAUAUAGACUGGGGUAAAGAAGAUGACUCUAAUCUUCUAAUAGGCAUCUAUGAAUAUGGAUAUGGUAGCUGGGAAAUGAUAAAAAUGGAUCCAGAUCUCAACUUAACACACAAGAUUCUACCAGAUGAUCCAGAUAAAAAACCCCAGGCCAAGCAGUUGCAGACUCGUGCAGACUACCUCAUAAAAUUACUCAAUAAGGAUCUUGCAAGGAAGGAAGCACAAAGACUUUCUGGAACAGGAGGCUCAAAAAGGCGAAAAAUGAGGAUCAAGAAGAACAAAUUGGCAAAAGCAAAAAUUAAAGAGGAAAUGAAAAGUGACUCUUCCCCACCUCCUUCAGAUAAAUCUGAAGAAGAUGAUGAGGACAGUAAGGAUGAAGUGGCUUCAGUAAAACAUCCAAAUAAAAAGAUAAAAACAGAAAAAGAAAAUGAAGAAAAUCCUGAUGCAGAUCUUGGCAUGAAAAGGGAGAAUGAUGAAAAAAGAGAGUCAAAGGAAAACAAGAGGGAUGUUAAAAGGGAGAAAAAAGAAAAAGAGGACAAGAAAGAGUUAAGGGACAAAGACAUAAAAGAAAAGAGGGAAAGCAAAGUAAAAGAUCACAGUCAGAGAGAAAAAGAAGUAAAGGAAGAAAAGACAAAUGAAUCCAAAUCUGAUAGCAAAGAUAAACCCAAGAAAACCCCACCUCCUGAUACUCCUAUUCAUAUAACAGCAAGUAGCGAGCCAGUUCCUAUAUCUGAAGAAUCUGAAGAGCUGGAUCAGAAAACAUUCAGUAUAUGCAAAGAAAGAAUGAGGCCUGUCAAAGCAGCACUGAAACAGCUGGAUAGACCUGAGAAAGGUCUUUCAGAAAGAGAACAGUUGGAGCAUACUAGACAGUGUCUUAUCAAAAUUGGGGAUCAUAUAACUGAGUGUUUAAAAGAAUAUACAAAUCCUGAGCAAAUCAAACAGUGGAGAAAAAACUUGUGGAUUUUUGUUUCUAAGUUUACAGAAUUUGAUGCCAGAAAACUACACAAACUGUAUAAACAUGCAAUUAAAAAACGCCAAGAAACUCAGCAGCACAAUGACCAAAACAGCAGCAGCAGUGUGAAUACUCAUUUGAUAAGAAAUCCAGAUGUGGAACGACUAAAAGAAAACACAAAUCAUGAUGAUAGUAGCAGAGACAGUUAUUCCUCUGAUAGGCACUUAUCACAGUAUCAUGAUCAUCACAAAGACAGACUUCAUGGAGAUGCCUACAAAAAAAGUGACUCUAGGAAAAGGCCAUAUUCUGCUUUCAGCAAUGGAAAAGAUCAUAGGGAUUGGAAUCACUACAAACAAGACAACCGAUACUACAGUGAUGGUAAACACAGAAAGCUAGAUGACCACAGGAACAGAGAUCACAGGUCUAAUCUGGAGGGAAGUUUAAAAGACAGUCGAUCACAUUCAGAUCAUCGGAUACACUUAGAUCAUCGGUCCAGUUCAGACUACAGUCAUCAUAAAUCUUCAAGAGACUAUAGAUACCAUUCAGACUGGCAAAUGGACCACAGAGCUUCUAGUAGCGGCCCUAGAUCACCACUAGAUCAAAGAUCACCUUAUGAUUCAAGAUCUCCCUUAGGACAUAGAUCUCCUUUUGAACAUUCAACAGAUCACAAAAGUACACCUGAACAUAUGUGGAAUAGCCGGAAAACAUAGCAAAUACUAACAAUUUCUGGACUUUUUCUUUUCUUUUUUUAGCCAUACACAAUAAACUAACACAAUUGCCUUACAUGACUUGAAAGACAUGGACCGGAUGUGCUAUCAGUAGCAGUAUUGUUACUACUUUCCAGUAUGCUAGUUGUAUUAUCCCAACAGAAGAAGAAAUAUUUUUGUAUUUAAAGUUUUAAUGCUGCACUGUGCUGCAAAUGUUGUAGUACAUUUUUUUAAAAGAAUUUGAAGAUGUUUACUUUUUACAGGGACCUCAACACUGCCCCACUCAGACUGGAUCUUAAUCUGAACUCUUUUCAAAGUGGUUUUAUCUUGAAUGCAAGUUAAAUUAUGUUUGUAGAUAAGCAUUCACGUAUUAACCUGUGAUCAUAUUUCAGGAAGGAAUCGAGGAUUUUUAAAAAAAAGACUCAAGGACUUUGUUAACUUUCCAAAGCUACUUGUUUACAUUGUACACUGCAUCCACCUUGCCGCUUUUCAUCACAAGCUUGAAUAUUUAAAUUCUGUUACUAGAUAAUUGUAAAAUAGCCAGGCGUUCUCCAGUUUGAUCAGCUGUAAUGCCUUUUUACAAAAUGGCUGUAAAUUAUUGUAAAUUAAUUAAAUGCGUUUUCCCCCUUCAGACUUUUCUAA